AAACAAAUAAACGAACAAAUAAGCAAACAAACAAACAAACAAACAAACAACAACAACAACAAUAAUAACAACAACAACCAUAACAAACUAGCAAAUGUAUUAUUCUUUUUUAAUAAUUUAGUCAUUCCUGUUCAAUUUGAAUAUAAAGAUUUCACAGUUGGUGGAUUUUAUAACGCAAAAGUGAACUUCAUUCUACACAAACGAGGCAAUGAUAAGACAAUAUUCUACGCUUUUGAAGAUCUCAAUCAGCCAUUAAGUGCCUCAGGAGCAAUCAACAUAUUUCAUCUAUAUGAGUUUACAGACAACAUCAAACCUUCGACUACACGACAAUUGAUUCUUCACCCCGUCACGAAAUUGAAUUAUAAGCUUACAGAGUGGCUUGGAGAAGAUGAAGAAAUAUUAAGUCCACAAUUAUCUAUACACUUCGGUCUAAGUGAUUAUGUUGACAACCAGAGUAGCAAUUCGUUGUGGUUCACUAUGAUACAGGAGAACGACGCUAUGGUCAUUGUGGAUAUCUCCAAGAGAAUGAACAUAACGCGUCCAUCAUUAUCUUGUACGUUGCAUUGGAAGGAUCACACCAUAUUUUUUCCAGACCUACAGCAUUUCGAAGUUUAUUUUGAAAUACGGACAAUACAUGCAGCUUGUAACAAGAACAUUGAAAAUUUAACUGUAGUGCUGUAUCAUGAAUCCUAUCUUGAGGCGUAUUAUGUUUCUGGAAGACCAAAUCACGUAUGUCUGGAAGAAACUGAUAUAACAAUAGAAAGAAAUAAGAUUGUAAUUAAGUAUUCAACAUUGUACAUAUUCAGUGUUGUUUGUAUAAAGGUGAAUUAUCGGUAUAGUGGUGUGAGAUUCCAGGGUGGUUACAAGAAAGUUGCAGUCCAAGCUGACUUCUUUCGAACUGAAUUUAAAAACAACGUUGCAGUUAUUAAACACGACUCGAGAGUAUAUCAUACCUACGUUUCGAAUGUUCCGGGGUUUUACAUUUAUGAUACUGAUUCAAAAUAUUGCGUAAGGCAACUUCCGACGGCGCCAAUGGAGAUGCAUAUCGGAUACUAUUGUACCCUCUUUACAGACAUUCCCCACAACCUAUUGUCAUUGUAUGGCUUCUGCGCUAAUAAAACAUCGAGUACAGAAAUUACAAAUGACGUCUGUGGAAAAAAGAAAAGAUUGACUAAUAAACCAUCUUCAGCGCGCUGGGAAGACGAUAAAACGUAUCUUCAGGUUCCUCUAGAUGCAGCGAAGCCGGGCUCAUCACAAGAGAAUGUUAAAUUUCAAAGAAAAUACAAGAAGAGUUUUGGACUGAAAGCUACACCAAGUACACCGGCAGCUGAUAGAAAUAUGAAAAUUGAUGAAGUCACUAUAUUGCUGUAUGACGGUGCAUUCACAGCAUGUAAUUACCACAACGAUAGGGAAUACAGUUGUGUCAUUUACAACAAGAAAGUCAAACGCCUCACACGAUUGCCCCCGAUGUUUGCCAAUGUCCUUGGUUACAACAUAGCAACUGACACAACAAUUUGUAAAGACAACAAAGAUCGCUACAUGGGAUACCGGCCGAAAGGAAAGCGCAGAGUUUUUUACAUUUCAGAGAACAUGUGGCUUAAAUUAAAGCGCAAAGGCAGUACCAUACUGUCUAAAGUGUACAAUCGAACGAUUUUAGCUGAAAACAAUGCUGAAAAUGAGUUUCAAUUGGGAAGUGAUUUCUUUACAGUGACACCACUUGGUUUGUACGACAUGACUGGUGAAACACAUAUUAUUUUAUGGUUCGUUGAUCAUGAUAAUUGCGCCACAGUAGUUGGCUCAUCAGAACGUUUGGCGUUUCCGAAUUGUCAAGAAAUUAAGAAGUACUGUAAGGCCGCUACGUCUGGAACAUAUUGGAUCGGAACAACGGAAACAAAUUGCGUUUUUUAGAGGCUAUUUGAUCGUAUGAAACGAUGAUUGGUAAUUGUUUGUUAACUGUUUAGUCGAUCUAACAAGAAAGCUUAGACUGGAAAUAUAGAUGGGAAGGUCAUGACGUAUAUACCAAACGCAGUUGAAGUCUGCGAAGAACUUUUAAAAAAAGCAUAUUUAUUUUGUUUCCUUGAAUUAAAGUUUUCUGAGAUAUAAAAAAGGAGACGUACUUUUAGCACUCACAUAUUUCGAUAGUAAACAAUAAAAACUUUGUUUUUUUAUUUUUUAACUUUGAAUUUACAAUUUUCGACUUUUAAAUUUUGAAAUUCAUUUUUUCAGUCUAGUUUUUAUUUUCUAGUCUGUUAUAUAUAUUUAAUCUUAAUUUGGACUUUGAUAUUUGAAAAUAAAUAUAAAUUGUAAAUAGAAUAAAUCUACACGCACUUUAGAUCGAUUGUGUAAGUAUCUCGGCAACCUAAUCAAGCUUUGCACAGUUCAAUUCAAUGUGGGUCCUGCGUUCUGAAUGUAUACAUUGAGUAUAAACUGGCAUUGCCUACCCAAUUUCCCUCACAUGGCAUGGGUUGACGCAUAGUUGUAGCAAAGGC